CUAGAGGAAGAGGUAUUUCCACAGGAGGUACAGCUGCUUGCACAUCUCUCCUCAGAGCUGUCCCUUGACUUGGGGGUGAAUUUCAGGCCAACGGGGCUGCCUGGGAUACAAAAGUGUUCUCCAUGGAUCUGCCUUACUACCACGGACGUCUGACCAAGCAAGACUGUGAGACCUUGCUGCUCAAGGAAGGGGUGGAUGGCAACUUUCUGUUAAGAGACAGCGAGUCGAUACCAGGAGUCCUGUGCCUCUGUGUCUCGUUUAAAAAUACUGUCUACACAUACCGAAUCUUCAGAGAGAAACGUGGGUAUUACAGGAUACAGACUGCAGAAGGUUCUCCAAAACAGGUCUUUUCAAGCCUAAAGGAACUGAUCUCCAAAUUUGAAAAACCAAAUCAGGGGAUGGUGGUUCACCUUUUAAAGCCAAUAAAGAGAACCAGCCCCAGCUUGAGAUGGAGAGGAUCGAAAUUAGAGUUGGAAACAUUUAUGAACAGUAACAGCGAUUAUGUGGAUGUCUUGCCUUGAAGAUAAGGCUGCCGGACAAAGCAAGUUGAAGAGAUGAGUAACAGUUCUCAUUGAUGACCCACUUCUGCAGGCAUAGGUCCAGAGCACCAAACUCUAGCGGACAAUUCAGACUCUCCUGGUUGUGUAACUGAAGAUGUUCUGCCCACCAGCACCAGAGGUCACUCUCCACAUCCCCACCUCCCAGACAUAUACCAGGAGCAAUUUCAAAGCCCUCUCCAGUUUCACUCUUCUUUCUUGGAAUGGGACAGCCUGAACCUUUUCCCCUUGACUUAUUAAAGGUACCGCCCUACAUCAUGGUUGACACCCUCCUUUGGACCAUGCAGUCAGAAGGGCAGCUUCAUACAGACGAGGGGCACACUUGUCUGUGAGUUUGAAGCCCUGAGUUCCAGUCUUGUGGCUGUGUGACUUUGAACACAUUUCUUCCCAUCUCCAGGUCUUAGUUUCCUUGUCUAUGUGGUUGGGUGGGAUGAUAGACAUUGCCCCAGUCUCUCUGUUGAGCCUGCUUGUGUCAGGUGAAGGUGAGGGAUCGGGAGUGAUGGAGAUGCAUACAGAUCAAUACCUUCUCUGUACCUGCUGGACCCCCAUGUGUACCCUUCUCCCUCCAGCCUGGGCUACUCUCCUCCUGGUUCUUUCUAAUCUUAAACUUCCUGGGGAGCAUUGCCCCAGCCACACUUUCUCCCUGGUUUUGCUUAAUUCCACUUAUGCAUCAGCCAUUUCAACAGCAUGAAUGUGGUUCUGUACAGUGAUGUAUGAGGAGAUUUCUAAAAUAUUCUAUGUGUGAUUUCUGUUCCCAACUAGGUUCCAAGUGCCAUCAAAGCAUGGUUGGGUCUCCCUUGUAUCUUCCACAGUGUGUAGAAAUUUGUGCUGCCCAGAGCUGUGCCUAGUUCAUAGAAAUUGACUGGGAGCACAUUGCUGAGGGAGGUUUGUUGAAUUGGUUUUUAAGGUUUAUUGAAAUUGAUUUGCUGAAUUUUUCUGCUAGUUCAAAAUGUGAAUUAGGACCUGGUUAGUUUGAAAUAUACCAAAUUCUAUGCCCUUUUUCUUACCUAUCAUCAAAUUGUGGUAAUUUAUUUCACCCCACUGGACUUAUCUUCAGAGUUUUAACAGAGAGGAGCUCUCGACUUAGAGGUAAUAUGAACAGAUGAACAGACACUGUGGCUGGAGCCCCAAAGUGUGGACCUUUGUGAGAUUUGGGGUCACAGCAACUUAUGGCUACUACUCCCUGUGUCUGGUAGGUAGGACAAAUGUCCUCUUUUACUUUUCAAAACUGACUUAGGUAUUCAUGGACCUUGAUUCUUCCAUAUACAUUUUAUAAUAAAUAUGUGAAAGUGCUUAAAACCUCUUUUGGGAAUUUUUAAUGAACUUGCAACAAAUUUGUAAAUAGGAGAUAACUAACCUUCUUAUGAUGUUUUCCCAUGCGUAAACAUGCCACAUCCAUGUUCUCAGGUCAUCUUUUUUGCCCUUUCAUGGAGUCAUAAAUUUUCACAACCGAAGUCUUGUAUAUUCUGUUAGAUUAAUUCCUAUUUCUAGUUGCUGUAAAUGAUAUCUUAUGUUUUAUUACAUUUCUAAUAGGCUAUGGUGUUGGUGAAAUGUUAACCCUCUCAUUAGAUCUACUAGUUUACCUGUUGAUUCUAUUGUGUUUUCUAUGUAAAUGAUUUUGUCAGCUAUAAAUAAUAACAUUUUAUUCUCUUUCGUUGCAAUACCUAUACCUAUGCUCAUUUAUUUUUUAUGUUUACCCAUUGGUUAGGGCCUCCUGUAUACAUUAAACAGUUCAUAGUCAUGAUAGUGAGUAUUCUUAUACUGUUCCCAGUAUUACAGGGAAUGCUUAGAAAUUUUCUCUAUUUAAACAUUAUGUUUGUUGUAGCCUUGUUAAAGGCUGUUUUAUAAUUUUUACUUGAAAUAUUUUGACAUUUAUUGUGAUUUUUUUCUAUCUCUGAUCUAUUGAGAUAGUCACAUUCCUUUUGUCUUCACUCCAUUACAAAGGUAACUUACCUUAAUAAAAUUGUUGAUAUCAUUUCAUCCUUGCAUUGCUUCACUUGAUCAUAUUUUAUUAUUUUUCAUAAACUGUGGAAUUUGGUAAGUUAAUAUUUCAUUUAAGAUUUUUGCAUUAAAACUCAUAAACCAAAUAGGACUAUAAUUUACUGAAUCAUGGUUAUACUGUUCAUAUAAAGCAAAGCAAAGUCUUUUUCCUUUUACCAUUUUCUGCAACAACUUCUUAAGGUAAAGAUUAUUUGUUCUGGGCUGGGUGUGUUGGCUCACACCUGUAAUCCAAGCACUUUGGGAGGCCGAGGUUGGGGGAUCACUUGAGGUCAGGAGCUCAAGAUCAACCUGGCCAACAUGGUGAAACCCCAUCUCUACAAAAAUACAAAAAUGUAGCCAGGUGUGGUGGCACAUGCCUGUUUUCCCAGCUACUCAGGAGGUGAGGUGGGAGAACUGCUUGAGCCCGGGAGGUGGAGGUUGCAGUGAGCCAAGAUCGUGUCAGGGCCCUCCAGCCUGGGUGACAGAGUGAGACCCUAUCUCAAAAAAUAUAUAUGUAGUAAAUAAAUA